GGCACUUUAAAAUGCAUUACAGCUCUACGUAUAAACAGAGACUAAGGUAGCUAUUCAAAACAAAAAAAAGUGAUAGCAGUAGUUCAUUUAGGCAACUGUAAAACAAUUAACUAAAACCGAGAAAUAUAUAAAAUAAGACAUUUUGUCGAAACGCUGCAUGGAAGAGUUGCCAAACAGCUUGGAUCCUCUCAAGACAGAUUUGUUUUUCUGACGCAUUGGAGAGCAAAUAUUGCAGAAACCAACAGCAGAGAACAACUCAAAAAAAGAUGGUGGCUCUAUCUAUGCCUCUUCGUUCCACCCUGUUAUUCUUAGUGUUGAUGGGUAUGACACUAAUGACCUCUGCCUUUCCUCAACCUCACCUUCGACCCCUACACAGUAACUUGCCUGCUAUUAGUCAAGAGGACUCCAAAAUUGAACAGUGGGAGCUGCUUUACCCUUCCAUCUCUCUUCGUGAUUGGAGAAUUCAGAUGCUGUCUGCCCCAGAUUUCGGUGCAGCAAAGGCUGGUACAGAUCAGCUGGUUGGGGAUGAGUGGCUUCCACUAAGCCAGUCACAGAUGGAGGAGGAGCUGGUGAAGAGUUGGCCGGGCGACUGGGCGUCACGGCUGGGUCACCAGCAGAAGAGAAACAUUGUAGUGGCAGAUGAUGCUGCAUUUAGAGAGAAGAGUAAGCUUUUGACAGCAAUGGAAAGACAGAAAUGGCUGAAUUCCUAUAUGCAGAAACUGUUAGUAGUCAAUUCAAAGUGAUUUUCAAUAUUUGUGUAAUUGUUUACAUACAUAAAAAGUUUGCAUUUUAUGUGAAAGCAUGAUGGGAAGCUUUUGAUCAUGUAACUUGUUACAAAAAU